AUGACAAUCACGUUCUUAGGAAAGAAAGAUUGUAGUGCUAUCUUAAGUAGCGGACAGAUUAAACACAAAAUACCUAAAAUAAAAAUAUUGAUUCAAAGCCUUGUGAACGAUACUGACGAAUUCCGACCUGAUGUGAGUGGAUGGAAACCUAAGAUAAAGCAACGAUUUGAACCUAUUAUUCAUUCAUCUCCACUUCCUUUAUUAUGGAUUGAAGUAGUAUAUGUGGCGACUCAAGAUCAACCAAUUCCAGACGUUGCUUAUGGGGCGACUCAAGAUCAGUCAAUCACAGACGUUGGUCGCGCUUCAAUUUCAAGCUUAUGUGGUGAUUCCUGA